AGCUCGGGCUCGCCCGGGCCGGAGGGGCAGCAAAUGGCUGCCGGUGGGACCCGCCCGCCGGGGGCGGGCUCUGCGCCCUGGGCCGCGGCGGGCGGGGCGGAGCUGCGCGUCAUGGCCGCCAGUCGCCUCCCGCCAGGUGCCCUCACGCUGAAGCAGUUCCUGAGGCGGCAGCAGGUUCUCCAGCUGUACAGGAGGAUCCUGCGGGCCAUUCGCGAUGUCCCUGCUGAGGCAGAUCGCUGCUAUUUAAAGGACUGGGCCAGGGAAGAAUUCAGGAGAAAUAAGGAUGCUACAGACGAGGAUGCAAUCAGGAUGAUGAUCACUCAAGGCAACAUGCAGCUUCAGGAACUUCAGAGAACACUUAAGCUGGCAAAAUCCUGAUCUUAAUUUUGUUAUCCGCUGGACUUUCACCUGCUGUGAGCAAACACAGUGUUUUUUUCAGGAUGUGGUUGUAAUAGCGGCCUUUGCUUGACAACCUGGUAACGUGUUGCAGUGGAAUCUACUAUUGUGGGGGGUUUGUUUGUUUUUUUUCCCCUUCCUCAGUGUGGUUACUUCCCAUGUGGAAAUCACUCACACUAAGAGGACUCUAAGAACUGAAGGGAUGAUGUAGCGUGUGCUGUGGGAAAAGCAGAAAGCACCAGGAAUUACAACAGCAGUCUUAUGCCAGGGAAAUGGAAAACAAAUAUAAAACAGAUUAUUUUGUCUGUUUUCUAUUGUGGUAACAUUUAUAGUAGUAACAGCUUUUUCUGUACCACACAAAGGAUUUUUUUUACCAAAAUUUGGGAUUUAAAAAGCAUUUUGGAUAAACAAAUGGGCUCAAACCAAAUAAACACAAUAAAACAUUAAGAAAA